GGAAUAGACUCACCUAUACUGACCAAAAAGGCCGGCUCUCAUUUCUGUGUGUUACCAAUUAGCUGCAGAUUUUGGAUUCAAUUUUUAAUUGUCCGAGUGAUAGUAAUUUCUAACGCCAGGCAAAUACUCGGCAUCACAAAUUCUCGGGAUUCAAAUUAAUUAGCUAUGUCGUGGAUAAAAUCAUAAAAAAAUUAGAACACAUAUAUAGUAACAAAAAUCAAAGUUGGACCUCGACUAAGGGUGAUCCUAUUACAGGGAUCAUCAGAUGCGCUGAUGACGAUACUUACAAUUUUACUACCCAUCAAUUUGGUCCAAAAGAUGGGGCGGUAAAUACACCCGUAACCCAAGUCAAUUCGGGGGGUUUCUAUAUAAAACGGAAAAGCAGGCGUUUUUCAAGCCUAAACCCGAUCUCUGUCUUCUCUAACCCAAAAAAUCAAUCUAUCUCAGCUUCUGUAACUUUUAAAACCCAGUAGAGUGAUCAUUGACACAAGUAACAGAAAUUGCACAAGUAUCCAUUUGUUGCAUUGAUUUUUCGUUGGAGAAACUUCAUCUACUUAAUCCUUCAUCUGCUUAAGCAAACACUAAGUGAUAUAGAGGAUGCUUUCCCAAACAAUGGCAAUCCUGACGAAAUCCAUCGGAGAUUUGUAGUUGUAAGGGUACGAGCAGUACGAUAAGUUGGCUGGAACUGUUCAUUUAGGCCUUCUCGUGAACCAGAAUUUGAUUCUCAGAUUUGUAGGUUAUAAUGGAUGAUGAGGUUACACAAGCUGUAGAGAAAGUGAUCAAAGAAUGGGAAGAGACAUCUUCAAGCGUUGAAAACAAUGUGAAAGCCAUUCAGGCAUUUGGUACAUCUGUUGAUGGAAUGACAAAAGAAGAGAAUUCUCACCAGAGAUUGAAUGGUCUUGCACAAGAUGGGUUGGCUCUACUUAGGUCAUUGCAAUUCAGACUUGAUCUUCUCGCACAGCAGUUGCUUACGGAAGAGCAAGUACAGUCCGCUCAAUCGACAUUAAAAUUUUGGAAGGAUCAGUACCAAAGUUUACAUUUGGGACUGAGAAAUGCUAAUCUGCAAGCACAGACCAAUAUGAGAAAAGCUGCUCAGACAAAGAGGGAACUUCUUUUAGGAGGUGGAGAGGAGUCCACAAUUCGCCGGCGCAAUUUACAAACAAAGGCUGGAAUAACAAAUGCUUCAGAAAGCAUCACUGAAAGCCUUAGGCGCACUCGUCAACUGAUGGUUCAGGAAGUUGAAAGAAGUGAAAAUAUACUGGCAACUUUCGAUGAAUCAACAGGAGUAUUGAAGAAGGCAGAAAGUGAAUACAAGGGUCACCGCUCGCUACUAAUGCGGACCAAAAACCUGCUAUCCACCAUGCGGCGUCAGGAUGUUGUUGAAAGGUUAAUACUGUUUGGUGGCUGCUUCAUGUUCUCUUGUGCUGUUUUCUAUGUCGUAUCGAAACGCAUUGGAGUUUUCCUUUUGCUAAGAAAGGUUACAGAAGCUAUGAAAGCAGGGACGAUCGUACCAGGAGAUUUGGGGGCUGGGGUAGCUGAAAAUGGAUUUAAUGGAGUGCGUAUCGAUGACAAUGGUAUUCCUGAUGUAGAGGUUCCUCCAUUAGAAAUGAUGCGCGACGAAUUAUAAUUUGUUUGCUUGUCUCAGUUUUAGCACAUUACCCACUCGCCGUCUGUAUAUACAAACACUUAACAAAUUCAGACGUGUUUUGUGCUGUUUAUUUGUUGCACAACUAACAAUUUGUGAGUUACCGACCAUGCAUGAAGGCUGUCUAUGUUUUCCAUUACCAGAAGGGUCGAAUGAUAUGUAAAGGAAACACACAAUUUCAGAGAUACCUUCAUAAUCUUUAAUUCCCUA